UUCAAACGCAGCAGUCACUUUGGAAGUGAUCGUGUGUUGUCUGCAGGUCAGCACGCGCUAGCUCAGCUCGUAGAAGAUCCGAGUUUUCCUCUUUCUUCGUCACGCCACUCAACGUAAAUUGCCUGCUUACGAGACCUGAGCUUUCAGGAGCAGUAUUUGCGACGAUGUGGAUCCAAGUGCGAACCAUGGACGGCGCGAAGUCGGUGCGCAUUGAUGGCCUUUCGAAGAUCACUAAGGUGGAAGAUCUGCGGCUUCGUGUUCGCGAUGAAUUCGACGUCGAAACAGCGUUGCAGAGACUCUUCUAUCGAGGCAAACAACUGGAAGAUGGCUACACUUUAUUUGAUUAUGAUGUUGGAUUGAAUGAUAUUAUUCAGCUGCUAGUUAGGGUUGUUCCGCCAGAUUCCACAAGCACAUCUUCUGCAAGCUCUUCGACUUCACUCAGAGAGAAUUCGAAGGAACCAAGCAAACCACCUGUUGGAUCUCCAUGCUCUGUGCAAAGCCUGUAUUACAAGGUGGGCGAUCUGGUGGAUGCUCAGGAUUCGACAAAUGGAGCAUGGUUUGAAGCCAAAGUUGUCAAAAUUACCCAAGAAGGGUGCACAUCUACACCCCCAGACUCUGGGGGACAAACUAAUGUGGGGAAUGGCUGUGAGAGAGAAAGCGCAUCGGAGGCGUCAAAACCAAAAGCAGCUGGGUCGCAGCCUUUGCCGGCUCCUUCCGCAGCUGAUGAACCAUCUGUUGCAGAUGAUGGCUUGCUUUACUACGUUCAGUAUGAUGACUACGACGAUGAAGUGGUUGCACUAAAUCUGAAAUGUGUCCGGCCACGAGCCAAGAAGAUUAUCCCCUUUGAAGAUGUGAGCAUAGGUGACCGGCUCAUGGUCAAUUUCAACGUCGAAGAGCCAUCCAAAUUGGGCUUUUGGUAUGACUGCGUGGUGACUUCCAAGAAGUCGACUCGCACCCAGAAACAACUGUGGGCCACCUUAUUUAUUGGGGCAUCAAAGACGCCUUUGGAAAAUUGCCAUCUCAUGUUCUGUGAUGAGCUUUUUGCCAUUGAGGGGCAUCCAGCUGUCAAUGCUGCAGACCGUCAAAAUUUUGAGCAGUCCCAUGCUAAACGUCGACGACAGCCUGAAUGCGCACACUGUGGUGAUCGACCAGAGCGUCGCUGCCGCCACUGUGCUUGCUGUCGUUGUGGAAGUAAAAAGGAGCCUGAGCGGCAGUUGCUUUGUGAUGAAUGCGACCGGGCUUUUCACUUGGGCUGCCUGGAGCCGCCUUUAGAAGAACUGCCGGAGGAAGAGCACUGGUUCUGCCCAGACUGCAAGCAUGAUCCGACAGAGGUUGUUCAGCCUGGGGAAGCUUUGAAGGAGUCUCGGCGCAAGUCCCAGCUGCCCUCAAUUGUUGGUGAAGGCAAACGUGACUGGGGCCGUGGCAUGGCGUGCAUGGGACGUACGCGUGAGUGCACUUUGGUGCCAGCCAACCACUUUGGGGCCCUUCCUAACGUGCCGGUUGGUUCUUUGUGGAAAUUCCGGCUUCAGGUGUCAGAAUCUGGUUGCCAUCGGCCACCUGUUGCAGGAAUACAUGGCAGGGAGUCAGAUGGGGCUUACUCUAUUGUUCUUUCAGGAGGCUAUGAGGAUGACCAGGACGAUGGUGAGCAGUUCUUAUACACAGGCAGCGGUGGCCGUGACCUGUCUGGAAACAAACGCACUGCAGAGCAGUCUUGUGACCAAAAGUUGACUCGCAUGAACAUAUUCAAGCUGAGCUGUCUGCAGAGAUCCUUCAAGGCUGAGGUGUUCAGCUGCCCAACAUGCCGCCAGGAACUGGGUAACACCUACACUCUUCUGGUCAACAGGUCCCUGCAGAAAACACUGCAGGCACUUUUCCCAGGAUAUGAGAAUGGACGAUGA